UGCGUUGUCAGUGGUAAUUCAAGGCUUCUUUUGUAGCCAGGGGUAUCAAGCUUUCUCUAGUAGAACGAUUGGAGCAUUGUCAGUUGUCAAAGUCACGAAAUAUGGAACAAAUUGAACACAUCUUGGAAAACGAUGUAAACAUUAACAACUUUGGUGGCCAACAGUCGGAGAAAGACGACAACUCUAGUCACUCAGUUGUUACAAAUAAAACUAAAGUAACAGAAGAAUUAGAAGAAAAGCGUGAACCUAGAAAUGACACCGUCUUCCAUGAGAAACAAAAAGAACUAUCGAGUAUUUCAAUAACUUCUGGCGAUUCCAAAAAUUGCCUCUCUGUAAUCGCCGAAAUGUAUUCAAGUUCAGAUGAAGAAACAUGUCGAGAAAAUUCUACAGAGCCUUCAAGUAAUGAAAGUAAAAUGGCUGAAGAUGCUGGCAGCAAAGAAAUGGUUAUCAGUAACUUUCAAAGCAUAGGUGUUAAUCCAAUUUUUGCUCAAGAAAAAGGUGCAUCUUUGCAAGAGGAAAACAACAAUUUGAAUAGCAAUAACUCAGCUGACACUGCACCACAGAUUACAAUGACGGUAGAACCAGAGCUGCUCAAGAAGCCUGAAAGUGAUGGAGGAACACUCGUAGAGUCGGACAAUGAUAGACAAAUACUUAUGAAGACAGAGAAUGAUAGGCACACACUCAUAGAAAGUAAGAGUGAAGGACAAUCAAUCAUAGAACCUAUAAAUGAUGGAAGCAAACAAAUGGAGUCGGAGAGUGAUAGACAAAUACUCCUAGAACCAAAGGGUGAUGGACACUUAUUUAUGGAGACCAAAAGUGAUAGACACACAGUCAUGGAGACUGAGAGUGUUGAACACACACCCACACAGUCUACAACAGAUGAAUGCAUGCCCAUAAAUCCAGAGGGUUCUGAAUGCACACUUUUUGGGUCUCAGAAUGAUGGACAUUUACUCACACAGCCAGGAACCAAUAGACAGACUCUUAGAGAGCUAGGACGAGACACACACACACCUGUACAACAAGAAAGUUAUGGAUGUAUCCUUGCAGAGUCUAAGAAUAAUGGAAACAUGGAGGGCAACAAUGAUGGACACAUAGUAAAGGUUGAAAGUGGUAGACCCACAGUCAUAGAACCACCAAAUGAUGGGAAUGAGAACACCCUUAGCAAAUUAAAGAGUGAUGGACACACACCCAUGGAGACAGAUAGUGAAAGAAACGUUCUCAUAAAGAGUGAGAGUGGUGGAUGUGCACUUAUAGAGCCACUUAAUGAUGGGUGCACCCUUAAAAUUUCUAAGAGUGAUGGACACUCACCCAUGGAGACAGAUAAUGAGGGAAACAUCCUCAUUAACAGUGAGAGUGGUGGGCAUAUGCUCAUGAACACCGAGAAUAACAAACAUAGUCUCCCAGAGCCAGGGAAUGAUGACCAUACACUUAUUACAGAGGCAGAGGGUAAAAUAUGUUCUUUUAUAGAACCUAAAAGUGAGGAAUGCUCACCUGUAGAACUAGAGAGAAAGGAAGACACACCCACAUGCUCUGAUACAAGUCAUCAAGUCUAUGCUAUGACCAGUAUUGAUAAAGAACUAGAAAUUAUUGGUGACAGUGAACAAGUUUCUCAGAUGGGACAACAUACAGUGUAUGGAACUGAGGAUAGCUCUUUAAGUGAUAGUUCUUCAGAUGAUGAGAGCUCAUCAAGUGAAAGUGAAAGCUCUGAAUCCAGUUCUGAGGAUGAGCUGGAGGACAUCAGAAAAGAGAUUGAAAAAGAGGAAGAACACAUUCAUAGAGGCCCAUUGAAAACAAAGAGUGAACUGUCAGUGAAGGAUCUUCCUGAAGUUCCAGAUCUUGAUAUAACCAUUGAUGAAAAUGUUCAGCUUGUGGAGCUUGGUGUUGUGUUCAGUACUGUUGAGUCAUUUGUUGUAGUAAAAGCUUUGCCGCAGACUCCAGCUUUGGAUUCAGAUAGUGUUCUUUUCUUGGAGAACAGAUCCUGUCUUGGCUUGGUUUUUGAGACAUUUGGACCUGUGCAGACCCCAUUUUACUCUAUCAGAUUUAACAUGGACAGAGACAUCAGUGAUAAAAAUGUCAAUGUAGGAGACAAAGUAUUCUAUGCUCCUGAUAUGAUGGAGUUUUCCAACUUUGUGUUUGUGGCCCAGCUUAAAAAGUUAAAAGGAUCUGAUGCUUCCUGGGAACAUGAUGAAGAACCACCACAAGAGGCCAUUGAAUAUUCUGAUGACGAGGAAGAAUCUAAAGCGAGGGCCAGUAAAAAGAAAGAAAGAAUGGCUAGAAAAGAGCCGUGUGCAAGUGAUGUCAAGAAAGAGAGUGGAAACGGUGACCGCCAGGGACCUAUCAGAGGUGACAGGAAAAGAACUUGGCAAAGUCGUGGGAGAGGACAACUAAGCAAUCAGAACCAGAAUCAGGCAGUCCCCGACACUAAUCUCCCUCCAUUACAACACCCAGCUUACAGAUUCCCUGUUCCUCAGCCAGGGGAUUCCUUACCUCCCCAGGCCUCACCUCAUGCGGUGCAGAGGCCUGCCUUUCCACCACAGAGCCCGUUUAUGAGCCACCCAACACAAGACUUGCCUCCCUUUGGGAUGAGACACAUGGUGCCCCCAAGAGGGCUACCUCCAAGAGGUCCAUUGAAUAUGAUGCCACCACAGGCUAUGGGACCUUUCCCUGGACCACAUCCUGGUCUUAUUGGAAAUGUACCCAUUCCCUCGUUUUCACCAUCUAGGCCCUUGAUUGGUGCUCAGCAGGUGCCGGGACACUGGCCAGUGGGUCCACCACCAGGAUUUGUUCCAAGAUACCCCAUGCCAGGUCCCAGGGGAACUAAUAUUGGUUUUGGUCUGCCCCCACCCCCACCCCCUCCACCUCCUCCUCCCCCUCCCCCAAAUCUUUGAGGUUUUCCUCGUGUAGAAGAAUUUUCAAAUCUUUAAGGUGGAACUCCAUGUACAUAUUUUUUUAAAACUUUGUCAAAAGUCGCGUCUUAUCCUGCUAAUCAAAAUGUGAUAAUACCUUGCCAUAUAGCUAAUGUCAUUAUUGUGUAGACAUAUCAAAAUUACUGAUGUAAGUUUAUUUGUGAAUGCUUCACGGUCUCGAACACUGUCACUAAACAAUAAAUAGCCAAUAGUCACUAAACAGUCUCUGUCUCUGGCGAGGAUCCAUACCGGUUUCCAACGUUUUGCGGAAAACGGUGAGAUUUUUCGGAAUGACUCAAAAACCCAGGAAAGGAGACUUUAAGGAUUUUAAAUCCAAACGAUUUCAUGGGGGAGCAUGCCCUCGGAUCCCUCCAGAAGCUUGCGCAUUCCGCACUCGUUAUUCCAAAAAUCGGUCACCACUUCACCUAAAUACGCACCUGGUUGUUGUUCAUUGCGUAAACAGAGAGCAAAUGAGAAAAAAAGACAAUAUUUAGAGACUUAGAAAAAACCAAUGAAGAGUUUUAUAGUCAUUCAAGUCACAAAGGGGAUCUAUUGUUCCGGCUGUUCUUAAACCCUCGUCCACACUACGAAAACGGAGGUUUCACUCUGAAAACGCGCAUCAAAUGUUUUCCGUGCACUCUACCCCGGAGGAAUUUCUAAACCCAACAAUCAACUGGUUGGAUUUGUGUUUGAAAAAGCCUGGGCAGGGAAAUCACAUGAUUCUCGUGACGUCAUCG